UUCAUAAAUCGUUGUAGGUUCUUCUUGUCGGGUCCCGUCACUUCAUAAAUCGUUGUUGGGUCCCGUCACUUCAUAAAUCGUUGUUGGGUACCGUCACUUGACGAAUCUCGUGGCCGCAUACUAGAGGCAAAGAAAGACCAACCUAGUUCUUGCCGCAAGAACUGUUGUUCCUGAAGAUUUUCCAAACGGCGAGGACGACAACUACUACUGCUCUCCUCGUUGGAAGAGAAAAUAAACGUCAUGGCAACUGCACCAGCCGCGACCUCAUCCAGUGCCGCUACGCUUCCCAUGCCAAUGCCCGGGCCGGCGCCACUUCCCACCGGCUCUGAGCAGAUCGGCGGCUCUGCGUCCUCAACCAGCGCGGCUGGAGUAUUACAAUGAAAAAUGCCCCCACGCCCACCCCCGAACUUGAAAGCAUUUGUAUUGCAAACCUUUCCAAAUGAAACAUUCGCCCUCUUGCAUGUAUCAGCAUCACAGAUUUCCGAUCGUGAAUAGCAAAAAUUUGUAUUGCAAAAGAUCCCAGCAAGAGCGGUGCUUGUCAUGUAAGCGAUGCGAAACACAACUAGAAUCUGCAUCAGAAAGAUUCAUACUCCUUUCAUGCAUGACAAAAAGUUUUCAUUUGGAAACUUCGCAUCACAAAUUUUUGCAACUUUGGGGUGGGGGGCACUUUUCACUGUAAUAUGGAGGUGCGCGACCCGGUUCUCUUGCGGCGUCUUCGAAUGUAGCGGCAGCAGGUAUGCAUCGCAAAAGCACCUGUUAUCGUGCUCGUAUAGAAUUGGCCAUCGCGCAUGACAGAUCUGGGUUCUUCCCUAUAUUUGGAAUUAAUUAUUUCGUGCUGUGGAAAUGUGUCGUGCAAGAAAACAACUCUAACUCACUACCUGCACGAUCACAGUAGUACUUUUGCAAUGCAUAGCAGCUGGGUUCCGGCAAAUCAACACCAAUGUGCGAAGGUGUGGCGACUUUGGCGACUACUUCUUUGACGGCAGUUGGAAGGCCAGUUCCUUCGUUUCACCCCCAGGCCACCUGGACACGGAACUGCGAACGCCAUGGGUACUACUUAGAGUCAGAAAUUUAAACAUGUAGAUCAGUGGGAACGAACAAGUUUGUGAUGCGCGUAUGACCACAGGGAAAUACUGUGAAGAAAUCGUGGAUAAACAUAAAGAGUUUAUUCAUCUUCAUCUUGAUGUCCUUUCACAGUACUAUCAUGAUUAAGUACUUACCUGCUCCGGUAGAUUUAGUUGUGCCGAUCUUGUUCUCUCAAUACCUUACAGACGAAGACCCUGAACUUCGUACCGAGAUCGGGAAAGGCCGGCCCGCCCGCUUUGUGGCCGAUCGAUCACGUAACAAAGACCCCGACCGUGCCGCAGGAGCCGGUUUGGGGCUACGACAAAUUAUCGCUGCGGGGAAAUCACGUGCCGGGAUACUCGGGCUUUAUUCCAGGCGAGAAAGCGGAGACGAUUUAUGGGAGUUUACGGUCGGGAAUAAGUGACCACGCGGAGGGAAUUAUCCUGAGUAAAAACGUACCCACACCAGAGUCAGGAUGGGGAUUUUGCAACACAAACCUCGGAGUUUUGUGAGUCACGCAUGACAAGUUGCACUCUGCAGUGUAGUGCAGGUUAGCAAGUACAGCCGCAUCACAGACUCAUCUGCUCAUCCUGUUCACAGCAUCACAAAUUCCAAAACACGAUUGGAAAUGGCUCUCAUGCGGAUGCGCAUUACAAGUCUUCCUGUCUUUGCAAAUCUGCAUUACAACUCUGGUGUGGGAACGUUUUUACUCAGGAUAGGAAUACGGCCCUACGAGGAGAAAGACGUCAGCUUGAAGCCGAUUCUGGUAUUAGAUAGAGUGAAUUUAUUAUCUUUUACGCAGUUCUUGCAAGACAGAGCUGGUAAUCAUGCGUUUAUUACGUAGUUGUUGCAAGACAGAUCUCAUGCGCACAGGAGGGACAUGAUAGUCUUUCCUUCCUUCCUGCUUAGAUUCCACCUUUUCCAAUCCACGAGUUUUUUCUCGUUAUACAACACACAGACUUCGACGUCAAAGGAUAAACAAAUUUUUACAGUACAACAAUCCCACGAUCGGGCGGAUGCCCCUGAAGAAAAUCCUGAAGACCACGGAUUUGAUUCACACGGUGAGCGUAUCACAGUCGGAAAAAUCGGAAAUCCUCGACGUUACAUCUCUCAAUCGAUACAGAAAGAUUAUGUGCUACGUUUUUGCUCUGGCUGGGUCUCUCCGGCAAUGUGAACGUAGCAUAUAAUCGGAGUCAUGGCUUUUACUAUCGGAAGAGGAUUUGCGUUUUUCCACUUGAUUCCCGUACGGAAAUCUGGAGCCCAAUCCUGGGAGUCGGUUGAAGCAAUACAAAGACCACGUUCCGCCGCCAAGGAUAACGCGUACUAUAUUUAGGUUUGGCAUGCAGAAACUCUUUCAAAAAUCGCAUUUGUGAUGCUGGAUACGACCACGCAUGGUUGAUGACAAAAAAAAAUCACCCUUCAGCAAACUGCUCCUCCACCGGUAUACUUGGAUGGUCGGGUUUAUCCCAGAAGAAAAAAGAUACGUCUAGAUCACAUUUGUAAUGCAAAAAAAAGUAACCACUGCAAGCACGUGCAUCUAGACCUACAGCACGACGAGACAAAAAAUUUUAUUGCCAUAGUGUAUCCCAGCCAGCAUGAUGCUACGGGCUCGCCCAUGACAAACUUUUAUUCCGUAUCCGUGCAUCUACUUUUGCAUUACAAAUGUGAAGAUCUUUUUUCCGCCUGAUACGAUUUCCGACCUGUGGUGAACCGGAACCUAGAUGGACGGAAACCGAGCUACCUGUCCCACGAUGUUUAUCCAAGAUAAAAAUUGUCAAUUAGUGUAAAUCUGCGAUGCAGAACAUGUAAGGUAGUUGCACUUGUCAUGCUGGAUGAAGCGCGUCCCAGGCUGCCUGCUUUUCCAUGCGUGUUUGCAACACGUGGUAACUAUGCAUCGCAACUUUUCUCUCUCAUCCAGUACAGAUUUGUGAUGCUGUCAGCCCAAGAUGAAAGCUGCACUAGGUAAACAGUUUUUUUCUUGGAUAAUGUACAGAUGAUCACCGGGAAAAAUGUAUGGAAUGCUGAAGACGCAACACAAAUUCUCACUUCUAUACUGAAGACGCAAUAUUACAAAUUUUCACAUCCUCUACUUUCUUCAGCAUGAGGAUAUAAAAUCGUUUGUCAUGCUAAAAGUAAAAGGCCAAGGCUGCUAAGAGGCCAAGGGUCCUUGUAUGGUUUCGCAUGUCAAGAAGUACCCGAAGAAGAUAUAAGCAAAGUGAGAAUUAUGCUCAAGCAACGGCUUCGCCUUCCAUACACCAAUCCGGGCUACACGGGCUACCGGCCGGGGCAUAUUUGAGGGGAAAAAGACCUUUCGUGAUGGGAACAACGAGAGGUUCGGGUAGAAGUUGGGUUUCUAAAAUAUGGUAAGCGCCGGACGUUGUUAGUAGAUUAAAUGAUUAAACAAUUGUUGUAAGAUGUUAGAGUCACCUACUACUCCACCUACUGCAUCACUGCUUUCUUCAAAGCAGAACUAAGAGAUUUUUCCAUCAGGAGUGCACUGAGAAGGUACCACUAAUGUCUUGUUCAAUACC